ACUCAGUUGAGUUUUGGCCGUGAGCGUGUUCAGGUGCGCGUCAUUGUCUCUCUCGUCCGUUGUCCGUUGUCGUCGUCGCCGCCGCCGCUUUCAUCGUCAUCGUCGUAGCCGUCGCCGCCGUCGUCGUUAGCGUCAGCGGUGUUGCCCCGUCUGUUGUUUACGUGUGUGUGCGUCUGCGUCUGAGUAGUUAUUCGACAUGUGGAAAGUUCAUAAUAUUUAACCCACACACACACAUACAUAAUCACACACACAAACAUACACACAGAUAUACAUAUAGUUGUGCAUAUAAGAGCCAAGAAACAACAAAACAAAUUGAAAACAAUGCAUUUGUUAAAAUCAAAAACUACGCUCGUCUUGAGAAUGUCGAAACUCAAAAGAAAUUAGCAAAGAAUACAAAAAAAUAAAAGUGCUAUUCCCCCCGCCGCUGCCUAAAAGUCUUCUCAGCAAGCAACAAAAUAUAUAUUACCUAUAAAAGGCUGCAACAACAACCAAAACAACAACAGCAAAAGCAGCAACAACCCAUCAACAUCAACAUCAGCAAUCAGAGAGGAAGAAGAAGCCAAAUAGCAACAAGACGGCCACAACAUGUUGUACACGCUAAGCAAAGCAACAACAAGAAUUCGACUCAAAACAACAACAACAAAUAAUCGCUGGAUUUGGAGUUUAACAUUUUUGGCUGCAUUUUGUGCGAAGCACGCUCUUGGCGCAGAUCUAGCCAUUAGCAUACCGAACAAUCCGGGACUAGACGAUGGCGCCUCCUAUAGACUGGACUAUAGCCCGCCCUCGGGCUCACCGGAGCCAAACACAACGAUUGCCUCGCGGGACAUUGGUGACGAGAUCCAAUUCUCCAACGCCUUGCCCGGCACCAAAUACAACUUCUGGCUGUACUACACCAAUUUCACGCAUCACGAUUGGCUCACCUGGACGGUAACCAUAACAACAGCACCCGAUCCGCCAUCGAAUCUGUCGGUGCAGGUGCGCAGCGGCAAAAAUGCAAUCGUAUUGUGGUCACCGCCCACACAGGGCAGCUAUACGGCCUUCAAAAUCAAGGUGCUUGGCCUCUCGGAGGCAUCGAGCAGCUACAAUCGCACCUUCCAAGUCAACGAUAAUACAUUCCAGCACAGCGUCAAGGAGCUGACACCGGGCGCUACCUAUCAAGUGCAGGCCUAUACCAUCUACGAUGGCAAAGAGUCUGUCGCCUAUACGAGUCGAAACUUUACCACAAGUCGAAGGACGCGGCAUAAAGAAUUGCUGGAUAUUAAAAUUUUGAGAGAACCCAACACACCUGGCAAAUUCAUUGUGUGGUUCAGGAACGAGACAACGCUGCUGGUGCUGUGGCAACCGCCUUAUCCAGCGGGCAUCUACACACACUACAAGGUCUCGAUUGAGCCGCCCGAUGCCAACGACAGUGUGCUGUAUGUGGAGAAGGAGGGCGAACCUCCCGGUCCGGCGCAGGCGGCCUUCAAGGGUCUUGUGCCCGGUCGGGCGUACAACAUAUCGGUGCAAACGAUGUCUGAGGAUGAGAUUUCACUGCCAACAACGGCACAAUAUCGCACGGUGCCGUUGCGACCGUUAAAUGUGACAUUCGAUAAAGAUUUCAUCACAUCCAAUUCGUUUCGGGUGCUGUGGGAGGCGCCCAAAGGCAUCUCCGAGUUUGACAAGUAUCAAGUGUCGGUGGCCACAACGCGACGACAGUCGACAGUGGCCCGUAGCAAUGAACCGAUUGCCUACUUUGAUUUCCGUGACAUUGCCGAGCCGGGCAAGACGUUCAAUGUUAUUGUAAAGACCGUCUCCGGCAAAGUAACCUCGUGGCCCGCCACGGGCGAUGUGACAUUGCGACCGCUGCCGGUGCGCAAUUUGCGUAGCUUCAACGAUGACAAGACCAACACAAUGAUCAUCACCUGGGAGGCAGAUGCGGCAAGCACGCAGGAUGAGUAUCGCAUUGUCUACCACGAGCUGGAGACGUUUAAUGGCGACACCAGCACUCUGACCACAGGUCGCACUCGUUUCACACUCGAGAGCCUGCUGCCAGGCAGAAAUUACUCGCUCUCCGUGCAGGCUGUCUCCAAGACAAUGGAAUCGAACGAGACGAGCAUUUUUGUGGUCACGCGUCCCUCAUCGCCGAUCAUUGAGGAUCUGAAGAGCAUACGUCAGGGCCUCAACAUAAGCUGGAAGAGCGAUGUCAACUCCAAGCAGGAACAAUACGAAGUUUUGUAUUCCCGCAACGGAACAAGCGAGGUGCGCACCCUCAUCACCAAGGAGUCGCGUUUAGUUAUCAAGAAUCUGCAACCAGGCGCUGGGUACGAGCUCAAGGUCUUUGCCGUUAGUCACGAGCUGCGAAGCGAACCACACGCUUACUUCCAAGCAGUCUUUCCCAAUCCACCACGCAACAUGACGAUUGAAACAGUGCGCAGCAAUUCGGUGCUUGUGCAUUGGUCACCGCCGGAAAGUGGCGAGUUCACCGAAUAUUCCAUACGCUAUCGCACCGACAGUGAACAGCAGUGGGUGCGUUUGCCUAGCGUACGCUCCACCGAAGCCGACAUCACAGACAUGACCAAGGGCGAGAAAUACACCAUUCAAGUGAACACCGUCAGCUUUGGCGUCGAAAGUCCUAAUCCCCAGGAGGUCAACACCACAGUGCCGCCAAAUCCCGUCUCGAACAUUAUUCAGCUGGUUGACUCGCGCAACAUUACGCUGGAGUGGCCCAAACCCGAGGGUCGCGUCGAGUCCUACAUCCUCAAGUGGUGGCCCAGCGACAAUCCCAGUCGUGCACAGACCAAAAACGUUUCGGAAAACAAGUCGGCGGACGAUCUGUCGACGGUGCGUGUUCUCAUUGGCGACCUGAUGCCCGGACUGCAGUACAAGUUCGACAUUCAGACGACAUCCUACGGCAUACUUUCAGGCAUUACAAGCCUUUAUCCCCGCACCAUGCCACUCAUACAAUCCGAUGUGGUGGUGGCCAAUGGCGAGAAGGAGGACGAACGGGAUACAAUCACACUGAGCUAUACACCGACGCCCCAGUCGUCAUCGAAGUUCGACAUCUAUCGCUUCUCGCUGGGCGAUGCCGAGAUCAAGGACAAGGAGAAGCUGGCCAAUGACACCGAUCGCAAGGUUACAUUCACCGGCUUGGUCCCGGGACGUCUGUACAACAUCACCGUGUGGACGGUGAGCGGUGGCGUCGCCAGUUUGCCCAUUCAACGACAGGAUCGUCUAUAUCCCGAACCGAUUACACAACUGCAUGCGACAAAUAUUACGGAUACGGAAAUCUCGUUGCGUUGGGAUCUGCCCAAGGGCGAGUACAAUGACUUUGACAUUGCCUAUCUGACGGCCGAUAACCUCCUGGCCCAGAACAUGACCACACGCAACGAGAUCACAAUCAACGAGCUGCGACCCCAUCGCAAUUACACCUUCACCGUUGUGGUGCGCUCCGGCACCGAGUCAUCGGUGCUGCGCAGCAGUGCACCGCUCUCGGCGAGCUUUACGACCAACGAGGCGGUGCCGGGACGCGUGGAACGCUUCCAUCCCAUGGACGUGCAACCGAGUGAGAUUAACUUUGAGUGGUCGUUGCCAUCGAGCGAGGCGAACGGCGUCAUAAGGCAAUUCUCCAUAGCCUACAGCAAUGUGAAUAACGCCAGCGAUGCGGGCGCUCAAGACUUUGAUUCCGAGGAGUCGUUCGGUGUGAUUAAGAACCUCAAGCCGGGCGAGACGUAUGUGUUCAAGAUACAAGCGAAGACUGCCAUUGGCUAUGGACCGGAGCGUGAGUACAAGCAAACGAUGCCGAUAUUGGCGCCACCUCGACCAGCCACUCAGGUGGUACCGACUGAGGUGUAUCGCAGCUCGUCAACCAUACAGAUCCGCUUCCGCAAGAACUACUUCUCCGAUCAGAAUGGUCAGGUGCGCAUGUACACGAUCAUUGUGGCCGAGGAUGAUGCUAAGAACGCGUCCGGAUUGGAGAUGCCCAGCUGGCUGGAUGUGCAAUCGUAUAGCGUUUGGUUGCCGUAUCAGGCCAUCGAUCCAUAUUAUCCAUUCGAGAAUCGUUCGGUCGAAGACUUUACCAUCGGCACCGAGAACUGUGACAAUCACAAGCUGGGCUAUUGCAAUGGUCCGCUCAAAUCGGGCACCACAUAUCGGGUGAAAGUGCGCGCUUUCACCGGUCCCGACAAGUUUACGGACACCGCUUACAGUUUCCCCAUACAGACAGAACUGCUGAGCUCACCGGAUCAAGACAACACGUCGCUGAUUGUGGCCAUCACGGUGCCGUUGACCAUCAUCUUGGUGCUGCUGGUCACACUGAUGUUCUACAAGCGUCGACGCAACAAUUGCCGCAAGACAACGAAGGAUUCGCGUGCCAACGACAAUAUGUCACUGCCCGACAGUGUCAUCGAACAGAAUCGCCCCAUUUUGAUCAAGAACUUUGCCGAACAUUAUCGCCUAAUGUCCGCCGAUUCGGACUUUCGCUUCAGCGAGGAGUUCGAGGAACUUAAGCAUGUGGGUCGGGAUCAACCUUGCACAUUCGCCGAUCUACCCUGCAAUCGUCCGAAGAAUCGUUUCACCAACAUUCUCCCCUAUGAUCAUUCGCGCUUUAAACUGCAACCGGUUGAUGAUGACGAGGGCUCUGAUUACAUCAAUGCCAACUAUGUGCCCGGCCAUAAUUCGCCGCGCGAAUUCAUUGUCACCCAGGGACCUUUGCACUCCACACGCGACGACUUCUGGCGCAUGUGCUGGGAGAGCAACUCGCGUGCCAUUGUCAUGCUGACGCGCUGCUUCGAGAAGGGACGCGAGAAGUGCGAUCAGUAUUGGCCCAACGAUACGGUGCCCGUCUUCUAUGGAGACAUCAAGGUGCAGAUACUCAACGACAGUCAUUACGCCGACUGGGUGAUGACAGAGUUCAUGUUGUGUCGGGGCAGUGAACAGCGCAUCCUGCGACACUUCCACUUCAUCACCUGGCCGGACUUUGGAGUGCCAAAUCCGCCGCAGACGCUGGUGCGAUUUGUGCGCGCCUUCCGAGAUCGCAUCGGUGCCGAGCAGCGUCCGAUACUGGUGCACUGCAGCGCUGGCGUUGGCAGAUCGGGCACCUUCAUCACCCUCGAUCGCAUACUGCAGCAGAUCAAUACGUCCGACUACGUGGACAUCUUUGGCAUCGUUUAUGCCAUGCGCAAAGAGCGCGUUUGGAUGGUGCAAACCGAGCAGCAGUAUAUCUGCAUACAUCAGUGCCUGCUGGCGGUGCUCGAGGGCAAGGAGAACAUCGUGGGACCCGCCCGUGUCAUGGAAGACAACGAGGGCUUCGAAGGCGGCGAUGGUCAAAUGCAGCAACAAGGCGCCAUUGUGGCGACCAUUGAGGAACAUCAUCAACAUCAUCUACAUCAGCAGCUGCUGCUGCAACCGGACGAAGCCGAGGCGAUCGACGAUGAGAACGCCGCCAUACUCCACGACGAUCAACAGCCGCUAACGAGCAGCUUUAGUGCUCACAUGACAAGCUUUGGGGCAACGAAUGGCUUGGGACUGCAGUUGGCCUCGAAUUCGAUGAGUUCGUUCGGUGUGGUGGGCAAUAAUAACACCUCGGCGGGAUCGACGGGAGGUGGCGGACAGGAUCAGACGUCACAGGACAGAUGACAUUCGGUUGUCAAUCAGAGUGAUAACAACAAUUCGGUGGUUAUUGUUCUGGUUGACAACAAGCCCAGCUCAAUGAUCUGCAAGGAGGGCAGCAGCAUCGAU